UACUGAACUAGAAAUACGUAUUUCUAGUUCAGUGGUACGGUACAUGGUGCAGCGCCGGUGAAUCUAAAUCCCGGCAAGAUGGCGCACGUCACUGGAAAUUGGAACCCACUUGGCGAUGUGUUUUAUAGGAAAGUGGAACUGUAUUCUAUGGACAGACUAUGGCAGGAGGUUGCAGAUCUUAGGAAGUUCAAGGUUGCUGUAGCUCCAUUUGGAGGACCUAUUGCUCUGAUGAGAGACAGUAGUAAGAUUACCCAGGUCAGGGGUUCAUCUCAUAUAGUCAUCUUUAUCUUCUCAGCUGCAGGAAAAGAAAUAUCUAGAAUCAAUUGGAAUAGUGGUAAUGUGAUUCACAUUGGCUGGUCUUUAUCAGAAGAUCUUCUCUGUACCCAAGAUGAUGGCACUGUCCUUGUCUAUGACAUCUUUGGAAAAUACCAAAGGAACUUCAAUAUGGGACAGGAAUCAAGAGAAUCAAAGGUUAUUGAAUGCAAAGUGUUCCAUAACACAUCAUAUGGAGGAACCGGUGUUGCAGUCCUGACAGGAACCUACAGGAUUUAUGUAGUAAAUGAUGUACAUAAUCCUACUAGCAGAAAGAUGAUGGAAGUACCAGGACUAGAUGCCCCACCAAGCAGCUGGUGUGUAAUAGGGGGUGAUAGACAGAAUCAUAUCCUCCUAGCUAGAGACAAGCGUCUUUACAAGGUAGACCGAAGUGACAUGCAGCAGGAGAUACUGGAAACCAAGACAAAAGAAGUCAAUGCUUUCAUUAAGAUGGCUGUGUCAUUUGACAAUCGUUUUCUAGCUCUAUUCAGUGAUACGGGUCUACUAUGGAUAGGGUCUUCUGAUUUGCAGAAAACCUAUUGUGAGUUUGAUACAAGUAGUCAGAUGCGUCCCAGACAGCUGGUAUGGUGUGGUACUGGUGCUGUGGUAGGAUACUGGGAGAACCUUCUUCUAGUGAUUGGACCACAGAAGGAUUGGAUCAAAUAUAACAUGGAUACUGAUGCCAUUCUAAUCCCAGAGAGUGAUAGUCUACAUAUCCUACAGACCCACACACAUGAAUUGCUUCAAAGAGUACCAGGUGUUGUUGAGGACAUUUUCAAGAUUGGUUCAAUGGCUCCAGGUGCUAUGCUCUAUGAGGCUUGUAGGGAGUUUCAGAAAGAAAGUCAGAAAGCUGAUGAGUACAUCCGUAUGAUCAAAGAUCAGUUGAGUUUAGCAGUUGAACAGUGUAUAGAAGCCGCAGGAGCAGAGUAUGAACCAACUGUACAGAAAUUACUACUCAGGGCGGCCUCAUUUGGAAAGUGCUUUGGGACUAAUGUGAAUGCAGACAAGUUUGUGAAUAUGUGCAAACUACUAAGAGUGCUGAAUGCAGUUAGAGAUUAUCAGAUAGGAAUUCCACUCACAUAUGAACAACUCAAGAAAUUAACAUUGAAUGUACUUAUGGACAGAUUAAUCUUGAGAAGACAGUGGGCUUUGGCACAGCAGAUCAGUCAGUAUCUAAAGCUACCUGAAUCAGAUGGUGAAAGCAGGAUAUUAGGCCACUGGGCUUGUUAUAAGGUUGAACAAAAACACAUUCCAGAUGAGCUGAUAGCACAGAGCAUCAAGGAAAAGCUUGGUGAUACGCCAGGCAUAGCUUAUUCAGAGAUUGCUAAGAAAGCAUCAGAAUGUGGAAGAACACAACUAGCUGUCAAGUUAUUGGAGUAUGAGCCAAGAGCAGCAGAACAGGUACCUCUGUUGAUGACAAUGAGAGAUAGUAGGACAUCACUUAAGAAAGCUAUUGAGAGUGGAGAUACAGAUUUAGUAUACAUGGUUCUGCUUCAGUUAAAAGAAGAUCUACCUCGAGGUGAAUUCUUGAUGAUGCUAAGGAACCACCCUCAGGCUCAGGACCUCUUUAUGCAGCUGUGUCGAGAGCAACAUCCCAACCUCCUCCUAGAUCUGUAUAAUCAGAAUGAUAACUUCCAAGAGCUGGCCAACACUGCUGUUAGAGAUAGUCUGAAUGAGAAGGAUUUACAAAAGAGGUUAGCCCAUUUGAAUGCAGCUCAAGAUAACUACAAGAAAGCUACUAAUGAAUUCUCUAUGAAGGCAACAGAAGAAGAGAUCAAGUUAUUAGGUUACCAGAUGAGGAUGCAAGAGCAGUAUAGAGAGCAAUUCCUUUACCUUUCACUCCAUGAUACCAUCCAUAAACUCAUUGCUAAGAACCUUGGUAAGAUGGCUGAACAACUCAGAAAAGAAUUCAAAGUUCCAGAUAAGAGAUUCUGGUGGUUGAAGAUUGAUGCCUUAGCAGGGGCAGGAGAAUGGAUAGAACUUGAAAGGUUUGCUAAAAGCAAGAAAUCACCCAUUGGGUAUGAGCCAUUUGUAGAGGUGUGUAUGAAAUAUCACCAGAAGUAUGAAGCUAACAAGUAUGCUGCCAAGGUUACUCCUGAACAUAGAGUUAAGAUGUAUAUUAGAAUGGGAACUCUUGAUGAAGCUGCAGAACUAGCAUUCCAACAAAAAAGUGAAGAAGAUCUUAAUCUGGUUUUAAGACAUUGUGCUGGUAACAGACAACUCUCAGCUAAGAUUAACACUAUGAAGCAACAACUUGGCAAGAAAUAAACUCAAUCAAAGCGGUGCAAGCCAUUUUCAGCGUGACUAGAUGCUUUUUAUUACAAUGUGCAUAAUUUGGAUCAUGGUUACUAUCAGAGUGCAAUACUGCCAUUCAUCACAUAGUGGUUAGGGUUAUUUAACGCCAUCAUAUGACCUCCAGCUUUGCAGCUAAUGGGAUAAUAUAUAUAUUGCAUUUGAGAAUAGAAUGCGGUCUCAAAUUUCAGGUUUGGAUUAUGAUGGUGUAAAGGUGGUUAGUAAAUUUGUCCAGGACUCAAAAUCAAAAUCAGUGAUUCAACCUGCAAUUCAAUCAGAAUUGCAAUUCUUUACAGCCAGAGUUUUAUUAGCCAAUUGAUCAUUUAUUCUUCAAUUUAUCUACAAUGUCACAAUGAGGGUACUACCAUGUCAUUAAGAAUUCUUCUGGCAAGUAUGGUCUUUGUGUCCUGCAUGUCACUGUUUUGUGCCUUUCACAUGGUCAGUCUGCUGGGUGCACUCAAGCAACCAAUGUAUGGUGAGCCUUAGUUAUUUGUUUCGUUUAAAGUUAGUCAAUGACUUCCAUUUUGUCUAAAACUUCAGAUAUUAUUGAUUCUACGAGAGAUACAGUGUACCUCUCAUUCCAUCAGAAGCAAAAAAAAAUUAUUUUUAACGAAGUUCAUUAAUCACUCUAAGAUUAAAGGUAUCUCCAUGCAAACAUGAAUACUGCAUUUUAAAACCUUCAUAACUUGUAAUCGUAGUUAGAUUAAUUUUGUUGUUAUUUGUACUUUUGCUUAACACUUAUCUUUAUUGUUUAUUAUUACCUGAUCAAAAUUUUUUAUAGAGCUUUCAAACAUAAUGUUGAAAUCAACAUAUUUUUUUCUUUUACUUAUUUCAUUUGAAUCGUAAAGGAUCAUCUCAGAUAAUUUGUUUAUAUAUCUUUAGGGGAUAUUUCAGACAGACUAUUUCAAUAUAGGAAAUAUACUUAUGGCAAUGCUGGUGGUGAUUUUAAUGACCAAAGAUCAAGGGUAAUGACAUUAUGUAAGAGCCAUGCCAGUAUCACUGUUAUUGGUGGUGAUGGUGAUCAGGGGCUGACUGAUCCAGGAUUUUCCAGGGGGGGGAGAUUUUGUACAGAAAAAAAUUGACAAGCAAAAAAAAAAUGGUCCUCACUUCUCAUAUGCAUGACAUAUAUUCCCCUAAGAAUUAUUUUGUAUGCCUUUAAAGGGGGGGGGCAUGGGCCAGAUGUGUACUUACCUGUAUUCACCACUGAUGUUGUUGACAUAGGUAAUGUGCUCGUCAAAGGAUAGAUGAAUGAAAUCAUUUAUUAAAUUUUCCUUCUGUGUUUAAUGAUUUGUCAACCUAGUAAGCACUUGUGACAUUUCUCAGAAAAUGAUAAGUAAAAGGUAUGCAUAUUUCAUGAAGAUUGAUCAAGGAAAUUAUUUACCCUCUAAUCUCUGAUCUUGGCUCAAGUAGUGUUGAUUAUUUUAUUUUCAAUAUUCCAGUCAAAAAGCAAGGAUUAGGUUGAAGAAAGUAAAUAGAAAAUGAAAGAAACCUCAUAUGAAGUUAAUAUUUGACAUCAUAUCUGUUUCUUAUGAAAUUGAUGUUUUCCCUACAACCCUGUCUUAAAUUGUUUUAAAUCUUGCCACAAUGUAUGUUCACACCCAUAGGAACUAAUGCAUUAUGUGCUUGAUACCAAUUAAUUGUUCAAAAGGCAUCAAGUUGCAUUUAUACCCCCUUGCUAUACAACUUUGUGUAUGUUUUUAGAUAGAGAACAACUUUGCUUGACCAUUCCAUAUUAUGCAAAACUAUGAACUGAAUGUCUUGAAAAUGAGUGAAAUAUGAAGUCAAUUAACUAUCAAAAUAACAUUAAUUGUUUACACAAAUAAGGAUCAAGAUGUGUAUCAUUUUCAUCAAACACCAUCCCAAAUGAAUGUGAAGUUUGAUUCCAUUGUACAGUAGCAUCUUACAAUAUGGGAUUGAUGGAAAUAAUCAUUGUGAGCUAUCAAACUUUCACUCUUUUCUUUGGAAUUAAUGUCAUUAAAUAUAGUCUACUGCAAGGGACUGCUAUCCUAAUGACAGCUGAAAUGGUUGUGCUGUCCAUUUAUAUGUACAGUCAAAUCUGUCUUAGCAACCACUUAUCUAUCGUGAAAACCUGUUAUUUGCCACCAAAAUUAUCUUAAUUUGAAAGGAGUAUGUGUUAUGGUACCUGCCUAAAGGCCACCUGUCUCCAGUGACCAUUUUGUUUUUCUGUUUCGCUUGCAUGGCCUUAAUACACAUGUUUUACUGUAGUUCCAUGCAUGAUUCAGUUUUACACUAGGAUAAAUUGACUUUUGUGUGUAUAGGGUGUAAAACAAUGCAGUAUGAUAUAAGAACAAUUAAAUCUCAAUAGACAUUGAUGUUGGCAAUUGUACAUUGUAAAUUAAACUUGGACAGAGUUAAUUGUAGUUGAAAAAUUCAUUUUGUACCAUUUAGAGAUCUCUUCUAAUGACCAUAUUCCUUCCAUGUGAAUGAACUGGUAAUCAAAUAUUUGUAACAGUGUUUUGUUUUGGUUGCAUCUCUCUUGUCCAGCUUUAAAAAAAAAUGCAUUUGCAAUGCAUAAUAUGUGUAUUGAUUUGAAAUGUAAACGAUCAAACACAGUAAAAAUGUAUUAUGUUAUUUCUAUGACAUUAUGUAAUAAAGGAAAUAUAUGAAAUAUAUUGUACAAAUCUUAUGAAGAUGAA